AUGUUCUACUACAGCGUACCUUUCGUGUGCACCCACUACCACAACCACAGACCCACCUCCUUCAACCACCCCCACCACAGCACCCACUACAACCACAGACCCACCUCCUUCAACCACCCCCACCACAGCACCCACUACCACAACCACAGACCCACCUCCUUCAACCACCCCCACAACAGCACCCACUACCAUAACCACAGACCCACCUCCUUCAACCACCCCCACCACAGCACCCACUACCACAACCACAGACCCACCUCCUUCAACCACCCCCACAACAGCACCCACUACCACAACCACAGGCCCACCUCCUUCAACCACCCCCACCACAGCACCCACUACCACAACCACAGACCCACCUCCUUCAACCACCCCCACCACAGCACCCACUACCACAACCACAGACCCACCUCCUUCAACCACCCCCACAACAGCACCCACUACCAUAACCACAGACCCACCUCCUUCAACCACCACCACAACAGCACCCACUACAACUACCACCGCAACAACACCUAA